GAUAUCAUAUGUGUCAUUAAUCUCCAGCACAACUGUGUUGAUUCACAGUGUACAGACACCAUCAAGGAACCUGUACGCCAAGAAUGGCUUGAAACUUCUCAUGCAAAACCUAUCAUUCAGCACAAGUCAACCCUACACUACUUCAUCAACACCUACUCUAUUCAUAACUACAAUCAUAUCAAUCUUGUAAUUCCUGAGACACUUCAUGAAUCACCACUGAGGGUUACAAAUAUCACAGAGGUUCAGGAAAUGGCCAUACAACAAAUGAAGCAGAAGAAG